CGUUCGGAAAAUAUAUUUGUACAGAAUAAAAAUAUAAAACUUGAUUACGGGCUUUCAAAAAAUAAGUUAAAGGGACAAAUUGUUAGAUAUCAACAUCUCAGAUUUUAUAAAAAAUCUGAUGUAUAUAAUGUUGGCUUCCUUAUGCAAGAGAUUUGCCACAACAUUCAAUUUACUGAAAAUAUUGUAAGCCCUAUAGAAAAAUAUAUUAAGAUUUAUGAAGAUAGAUUUUUUGACGAAUUCAUUUUGCAUGAUGUUUUAUGGCAUUUUGAUAACAGAUUUUUGUAA